AUGCCUUCGGAGAUUCGAUUCACUCUUGAAUUCCAACCUGGCGUUGCUACUUCCAUCAUCGACUCUAUUCUCGAGCCACUUCAAUUGAAUGCUUUGGACCGCGAUGUCAACGAAAUUCUUUACCCUACCUCAGUAUCUUUACGACAUGCGAUAGAACCACCGCUGAUCGACCUCGCAAGGCAUUGGAUACCAUGGUACGAGUUUAUUUCCACUGGUGCUAUUUACCACUUUUAUGUGGCAGAGACACAGAUUUUCGAGCACCUGACCAACCUGGCCUUUGCCACCGGUAACUAUCUGACUCUUGUAGCACCAGAUGUUCCCUUAGCUCUUCGAGAAGAAACAGUGCUUAUUAUUCACACUAUCCCCGUGAUGCGUCUCAUGGAGUUAGCUGCUGAAUCGGCCACGCGUAUUCGUGACUUAGAACUCCGCCUGGCUGAUACAGAACAUUCAAUUGCUUUGAUUCGCCAACACCUUGUCUUACGGGACGCAGCCCAUCUACGGCAUCGGACGAUUCAGCAAGUUCCAAAAGAGAAGGGCAGCGUUCGAAUGCGAGCGUCGCAUGCAUGGAUUUUUUUGGGCUCCAGGGAAAAACAAAUCAAGAUGCUGCAAGUGUCAUUCGUUGCCGUAUUGGUGGAAGCAGCGCUUGGCUGGGUGCCGUGCCUGGAAGUGGCACAAGCAGCACGUGGAUUCCCCUCAGCGGCAAGCCGAGCACGGUUGGAGCAGCUGUUGAAGAAAUUUGGUCUUUCGGCGGCGGACGGCUUUGGCAGUCAUGUGAAGAGAUUGUACAAACACAUCAUUGUCCCACUUCGACUCUGUCAAAAUUGUGCCCUCACCGCACAGCCCGCACAGGUAGCAGGAAAUGGUCCAAUAAGGCAAGUCCGUGUCAGGUACCUGCCAGGGCAUCGCUGGCAGGUGUUAGCACUGGAACGCAUUGACCGUGCAGAGUUGAAGAACGCGUUCACAUGGCCUGGGUUUGGCGAUGCGGUGGAACGGCUGCAAGCUGAGGGUGAAAACUUCUUUUGGUUGCGCACACGCAACGACCGGGUGGUCGGUGAAGCCUAUUUAAUCUUGAAAUGCAAGGAAACAACGUGGCUUAGAAGUACGGUGCAUGGUUUCGAGAUUGAACUCAAGAUGGUGCGCACCUGGGAAUUGGACGAAGAUGAACGAUGGGAUAGUGGUAGUGGAGAUGAGUCGAUGGAUGCAGGAAAUGUAUAG